UAUACGUCGCGGCAGAGGACGGCGACUGCCACGAUAUCGAUCCUAUGCGAUACCGCGUUGUUCUCAGUAGCGCGUCCGCAGGCGUAGCGACGCCGAACGUGGUCGCGGUGUCUCGUUUGCCGGUGUCAGGGCGACGAUCCUGUCCACUUUGCAUGGCCGUUAGUCGGACACGGUAUCGAUCAACGUCCGCCUUUCGACUUCCUCCCCGAACUCGGAAAUUCGCGAGAUAAGAAGCGUUUCGAAGGUUCCACAGGAGUCGGUGUGGCCGAGCGUGUCGUUAGAGGAAUCAGACGAAUCGACGUCUGACUCAUCCGAUUCGAGUGGCGUUAUCGACGGGCGCGGAGACGAGCGCAUGUGUAUCGUAGGAUCUUCGGUGACAAUGUGGGGAAGAGCAAGUAUGGCAGCCGUGAUGGUUCUGGCGUUGGCGUGUGUCUGCACGUUGGAGGCGGUUCGAGGCGAAGGUGGUAUCGAAAUCGGCUCGAGCGACUCGGACGCCGAGAACAUUUUGGAACGCGCGACUGCCUGGCUGUGGAGUCAGCGCGACAAAGAUGCCGGUUGGGGAAACGACACGAAUCAAGUUCUGCUGGUCCUUCGGUUAAGCAAUCUAUCGCGAGAGGACAACGUCGCUCCUGCAGCCCCUCUCGAGCUGCAGCUCAGCAGCAAACAAAUGGAGCUCGAAAUAGUGUUGUUAUUUUGGAGGCAUCGAGAGGUUGGUUUCUGUCCUGUGCGAUUGGCACGCUACACUCUCGCCUUGAACGCCAUGUGCACGGAUCCGAGACAGUUUCACGGUCACGAUUUGAUCGGAACGCUUCAGCAUCACGAACCGCCUACGGAUUACGAGUUUGCUCUCACGACGCUGGCUGCGUGUAACGCGGAAGCUCACGUUCGGAAAAGACAGAUCCGUCGACUGCUGGACAUCGCGAACGCCGCUCAAGAUCACAAUGUCGACACAGUCGCGAUGGUAAUCUUAGCUUUAAAGUGUAUCGUUCAGGAUCACAAACAUCGAAAUCUGCAUCAUUUCGUGCGCAAACCGUCGAUCGGUUUGGCGCAGCAGCAACGACUCGACGGUAGUUUCGGGGAUGUUCGCACAACCGCUUUGGUAAUGCAAGCGCUCGAGGAAGCGGAAAACGAGCCUGCUGAUAACUGGAACAGAUCCGCCGCGUUGUCGUGGUUGAUGAGCCAACAG